CGUACACGGCCGAUAUCGUCUAUGUCUAAACGACUCUCAGAUUUCCCAGAAACCAUGCCCCACGAUUUUUGUACAAACAGAUGAGUUCGAUAGCAUCUCUUGCCUUCCUCGCUAUAUGUGACGUCAUCCGCAAAUCGACAAUAUUCACAACAGGGCGUGCAUGUUGGAGCACCACAAUGCCGUGCAUCCCCUCUUCAGAGUACUGACAGCAGCAGAACUACUUUAAUGUGACACCUUCAUAGUCUUGUGACAGUCAAUCGCAAGGUCAUGUCGCCCAAGCACAUCGUUUCCGACACCCUUCUUGCACGAUCACUUCAACGACGUGAUCGCCUCACGGCUCGACUCCGCCCUCAAGCCUUACGAUGUCUCCACCGCCUUAAAGGCUAUGCGUGGCUCGAAAAUGCUGAGCGCGAAUAUACAUACAUUCCCCUCCUAGGCCAAUAUGUGCCCUUCGCACAAGUAUUUCAAGCGAUCAUCUUUCGAGACUUGCAUUUCGCUGGCGUGCCAGAGCCUAGAAGUGUAGCAAGUGAGAAGUAUGUGGAGUACUUCAUACAAGGGUACAGAAGUUGUACCGUCAGGUCUGGUGCUAAGGAGUGCAUCGUCGGUGACCGGGAGCGAGUGCAACGGUACUUUUAGAAUGAGUAUAUUGCUAUCGGAGAUGGAUACGUUUGCACUUGUGAUGAUAUUGGGGUCGGCAACCCGAGGUUAGAGCUUACGAGCAGGUCAAAAAGAGGAUCGGAGAAGGGGAAGGCCAAUCGAUCUGGUUUGCAACUGCACAUGGAGGGGACGUAAGUGCAACUGGAAGGUCAGGCUUUAAAACUGCUUACUGUACGGUCCCAGAAAAUGAACCGCUCAAACAGAUCUCUGGGAAGACCGAC